AUAAGAAUUCACUUGCGUUCAUACAUAUGAAUAUGUAUGUCGGUAACGAUUGCCGUGUGCUCUUCGUUUUGGUGUCGAUAAAUGUUUGUGAAUAUAACAAAUGCUUUUACAACGUAUUUAAAUGAUAAGCUUCACUUACGUUUAAAGUAAUAGAAUCUAUAAUAUUUCCUGCAUAUUUAUAUAAAUAAGAGUAACAAAUGUUUCGUCCAAAGAUUUCGUCAAUUUUGCGAAAUAUAGCGAAUAGUUCAUAUCAACAAGAAUAUAUUAAUUUUUUACCAUGUUCAUUAUUUUCAACGGAAUGUGUCAAUGUCGAAAGCAUCAAAAAGCCUCCUGCCGAUAAUUUAUAUAAGAAAAUAGAACUUGAGGUCAAAGGAAAUGAGCCUGCUGUUUUGAGAAGUUACGGAGAAUUUAUUGUUAUGGCAGCUGAACAUUUAGAGAUUAAAAGUGGUAGAAACAUUGCACUACCAAAACCUGUGCAUGAAAAACUGACAGUAUUGAAGUCUGUCCAUAUUUAUAAAAAGCAUCGUGUACAGUAUGAAAGAAGAACAUAUUUUAGGUAUCUAGAUUUCUAUCAUUUAACUGGUUCAACAGCAGAUACCUUUUUAGAAUACAUUGAAAGAAAUCUUCCAGAAGGAGUAGCAAUGAAAGUUACAAAGAUUCAAUUACAAACUUUACCUGAAUCAGUUGAACAAGCAAAAGUUUCAGAAGAAAAACAGAAUUAGACUGUAUAAAUAUACAUUAAUUGUAGUAAAUAAUUGAAUAAAUUGUGUAAUAUUGUUUUAA